ACCGACGGAAUUACAGCGAUACUCUCUUCUCCUUAGUGAGUGUUGGAAAGAUGGAAUGUGAAAAGUGAACAUAGUUCAAACUGUAUGUAGUGAUUUGUAAUUAUACAAAUCAAAUUGAGCUUUUAUUUAUCAUCACGCUAAUCUCUGUGCGCAAUGUAAUCAGUGUUCGCUGAAUUCCAAACCUCUCCAUUUUCAUUUUCGGGUCCGCUGAUCUCUAACUGCGAACAAGAUCUCCCUUUACCUCUGCGAAUUCAACGUUGCAGCAACUCUCAAAAGUCAGCGGUUCUUCGCCGAUGAACAACCAGGUAAACCCUUUCUUUCAGAAGAACUCCCAAUCGCCCCCUUCCUCGAGCAAUCCUUUCCUUCUGCCUUCGCUUUCCCCUGGUUAUCACUAUCAGUCUCCGAACAAGAGUCCGCUACUCGCUAGAUCACGGCUUACUCUUUAUGCUUUUCCUCCAUUUCCAAUUGCUCUCUUCAUUUUAUGGAUUUUUUUCCCGACAAUUCCCUAGGCUGUUCAUUUGUGAAUUGGGAUUUCGGUUGUGUGUCUUCAAUUCAAUGAUCGGACCGUUAUUCAAUAAUCGUGCUAUGAGUUUUCGUUGCUUAAGGGGUCCUUGAAAUUCCGGGACCGUAGCGUCGUUUCUUAUGAUGUCCGUGGCUAUCCCUAAGUUUUGAGCUUUUUAGAUCCUUGAUGCUUCUUGGUGUUAAGAUGAAAUUUAAUGGUUGAGAUAUAAGUGACGAAUGCAAAGUCUGAAUCUUGUACCUGUUUGGCCUUGUUCUGCUGCUGGGUUUUCGUAUCGAAACUAGCUUCUGCAUGGUCCUUUAUGAUACUGUGGAAAAAAGGGAUGAAUGGUUUUCUGCUGAUGAUUGGGAUUUAUUUGGUGGCUAAGUUGUUAUUGCUUAAUGAUAAGAAAUGUAUGUUGCUUUUCUUCCUGCUCAAAGUUGAAUUGAUUUGUUAGUGUGGAUUCCAUGAUGGAUAUCUCAACUCCGAGUAUGGUUGAAUUCUGAAAGCCUUGGCUUCUCCAUGUAUAGUUUGAACUACUGAACUGAGCAGGCUAUGUGUUUUUGUUUCUUAAUACUAACUCUCCCUCCCAGUUUUGGAGCUUAUAUUCUAUCAAGCAUGUUUUGCUGUGUGUCACUUCUCCUAAUUCUUAGUUUUGCAAUAAGUUUAUAGAACGUUGGUUGACAUGCAGACAUUUCUUCUCAAUUCAACAUUGUAGCUGACAGACAAUGCCAAAUGAUGAAAUUCUGAAAACUGUUUUCGCUCUACUGGAUGGCAUAGACCUUGCUUCUUGUAUGGCCGUAAGCAAACAAUGGAGAGAUAUGGCCAAGGAUGAUUAUUUCUGGAAAUGCCAGUGUGCAAAGAGAUGGCCAUCGAUUUGCAAAAGACCUAACCUUUCAACUAUGUCCUACUACAAGCUCUAUCAGAGCUUCUACAAAAGGCAGAAUCAUCAGAUCUUGCAUCCGCCGAGACUUUGCUUUGAUACUUUGGAAUUUUAUAUCGACAUAUGGGCUGGAGACAAGUUGAUUUAUUCAGAUGUAGUGCAUGGUCCUGUUUUCGAUGCUGGAAUCAAACUCCCUCCCCAUAGAAUCUCCAGCGUCCUUGGAUAUCACCUGCAGGCUACAGAGUACAAGAUGAUGCUGGCGGUUGAGCCGACCUUCAAACUGCCAUUGAGUCAGCCUGUUAGUGUUUCAGUGCUCGUGGGGCGCAAGGACACCAACAAGCUUGCCCGCAUCAUUCACAAUGCUAUGUUUGAUUAUAUUGAUCGGUCUUCUUAUAGAGCAAUGGCAUUCGACGUCAUUGACAUUUCCCCCAUGUAUCGUUUCUUGCCAAACAUCCGGGGAUGGAUCUCGCUGCUUUUCAUGGAAGGUGGGGAUGAGUGUGAAAUUGAUGUUUUUGGCAUUCAGAUGGAUUUCAAUGAUGUUGCCAACUCUAAAGACGAGGUAUUGUGGCUAUUGGACAUGCUUGAUUGGAAAUGAGUGGACUACAGAAACAAGAAUCCUUCCAACAUAUGGCAUGUUCAUACUCUGGAUCUUAAUUCUGAUUUCACCAAUGUGUCGGUAGUGUACAUUGGAGAUUUAAUUAUGGCUGUGGACUCAUCUGCAUCGAUGUAUUUGCAGGUCAUAUGAUUGUAAAUGCCUUGUCUAUUUGAUUACACGCAUUUAAGGGGUAUCUUAGGAUUAGCCAGCAACCAUUGUGCAGCAAUGAAUAAAGAAGCUAAAAUUAUUUGGAAGAUCUGUACUCUUAUUCUGGUUUUCUUGUAUACUCCUUGAAAGAAGUUGAAGUGGAGUUCUUUUCUGCCCUGUUCUAUUAUUCCCAAGCAUUUGUGUUGUUUAUAUUUGUCGUCUGUCCUAAUACCUCCAAGCUCCCUCCACUGCGAUUCCUUCAUAUCCUAAAUUCCUAAUAGAGGUGUACGGUGGAUAGAUCCAGAUUGGCGGCUUCACAUCCGGUUGAGAAUGAACAUUUCAAAAGUUCCUCAGGCUUUCCUGCUGCACCGACGAUCAGCGAGUGGCGGGAGGAACUCGACUAUCGACAGGAGGGCUGCGUUUGGAGUGAGAAGCAUCGUCUGCUUCGACCUAGGGUUAGCAGGAGUUAGCCAAAUCGGCCAAGAAACGUAGUCGUUUCAUCAUUAGCCGGAAGCCCCUGAAACCGGCCCAACCCCAUUUUAUUCGAUUUUGACCCACUGCCGGCUAGCUCUGUAAUAUGGCCGAUUGGAGCCAUUUUUAUGCCCGAUUCCGGUCGAACCCGUUGAACCGACCGGCCGGAUAAGGGUUUGACAACCUUGGAAAAAUGCAUUGGCCCCUAAAUAUGACAGAAAGUUAAUCUGCUAACUUGAAUAUUCGUUAGCAGAUACUAACUGAUAUUCAAAAUAUAUGAACUAAUAUCCAAGUACUAAAGUAGGGGGUGGCUAUACGGUACGGUCCGGUUAAAUUGGACCAAAUUGAUCCGGUCCCAGUCCGGUCUUUUCGGGAAUAUAAAGACCCAAGAUUGGAUUGGAUACAGUCCGGUCUUGAUCUGGUCCGGUCUUGACCCGGUUCGGUCCCAAUUUGAUCUUGAUUUUAGAUUGAGCUUGUGGGGAUUUGAGUGUUGUGGUCUCUUAUAGGUAGGAAUGGCAAUGGGGCAGGUCCGGGGCGGGUUUCUUGGUACCCAGACCCGCCUCGUGGCAGGUCGGGUCCAGGUCGGGUAAUUGAUCACAGGUCGGGGCAGGUCGACCCAAUGGGUAUGCAAUUUAUAUGAAAAACAUUAGAAAUAUUCGUUAUUUUUAUUAUAAGACUAAGAAAACAAACAAUAUUAUGACAAUUGUAGUUAAAUUAUUGGAGAAAUUGAGAUUUUUACUAAUUUACAACUUUAUUAUAACUAAAAUAUGAUGCAAUAAAAGGAAAAUUCUCAGUAAUUUGACUAAGAUUACAUGUGAUUUAGACAAGAAUGGGUCGAGAAUGGGGCGGGUCAGGGCAGGUCGGGUCGAUGAGACUACCCAUGCCCGCCCCGUCCCGCCCCAAAACAGGUCAAACAGGUCGGGUAAAACGGGUCAGGUCGAAGUUGCAAUCCCUACUUAUAGGUCUUUAUCCGGGUUUUUUUUUACUUCAAAUCUAAGCUUGAAUAUGAGAUUGGAUUGUUUGCUAUCCGAUCCCAGUCCGGUCCCGGUCUGGGUUAUACGGUCCGGUUUCGGGUAAAACCAAACAGUCCGGACCAAAUAGCCAGCCCUAUACUAAAGUAUCUAGUGAACACAGACUAGUAUUCAAAGUUUGCUACCUAAUAUCCACCAUGAAUCAACUAUUAUCCCAAAUUCACAAACUAAUAUCUAGACAACACAUAAUAAUAUCCAAACAGCACAUAAUUAGUAUCCAAAUAACACAUAAGAGUAUCU